AUGGCUAGUCCUCCUGUUCUAGCUUUCGACGCCGAGGGCCGUCCGGUCAAAUUCGAAACCUGGCUAGAUGACCUGCACCUUUUCCUACAGCUCACUGCCAAGGAAGAUAUUACACUGUACGACCACGCUCUCGGCCAUGCGACCGCCCCACUCGCUACUGCCCCCCCAGCUGAGCGCUCACAGUGGCAGACCCGUGACGCGCACGCUCGCUUUGCUAUUCGCAACUCCCUGCCGCUAGAUGAGCGCGAGCACUUCGGCCAGUGCAAGACUGCUAAGGACCUCUACACAGCUGUAGUGGCCCGCUACUCCUCACCCGCUUCUGCCACACUAGGCCGCCUCACUCUCCCCUACCUGUUCCCCGACCUAGCCUCCUUUCACACUGUCGCAGACCUCAUCACCCACCUUAAGACUAGUGAGGCUCGCUUUCGCGCUGCCAUGCCUGAUGAGUUUCUCGCUAGCAACCCCCCCCCGCUCUGGAUCACUCUCUACCACGUUGUCACCCGCCUCCCUGACUCUCUGCGCCCUGUCAGGGACCAGUUCCUCUCUCGCUCCCCCACUGAGCUCACCAUAGCCCUCCUCGAGAAGGAACUGCUUGCAGCCGAGGCUAGUAUCGUCGCUGUAGGCACCUCUCGUGGCGACCCCCGCGGCCCCUUCUUCGAGGGGUGCUCCCCUUCCCCCCUCCUCCCCUCUGUCGCCUCUGCUGCUGCUGUCGACCUCCUUGGUGCUGAGAAGGUCGGGGCUGCGUCUGCUUCAGGCGGACGACGCAGGGGCAGGAGUGGCAGGAGUGGGGGUGGUGGCGGAGGAGGCGGGGGUGGAGGUGGUGGCGGUGGAGGUGCGACUGGAGAGACUAGUGGCGGCAGUGGUGGAGGUGACAGCGGUGUUGGGAGUGGUGACAGGGGCGGAGGUGGCAGCGGAGGCGGAGGUGGUCGUGGCAGCGGCAGGGGUGGAGGUGGCCGGGGCGGAGGCGGAGGGGGUGGUGGUCGUGGAGGCCCGGGGGGCGGUCAGAGUCAGCAGCCUUCCCCGACCCUUCAGGCCGCCCGUGAGUGGUAUGCGCGGCGCAGCGUCACCUGCCAGUACGUUAUUCGUACAGGUGACCGCACUGGCCAGAUGUGUGGGGGGCCGCACCAGACGGAGCGCUGCUUCGCCCGCCUCAACGAUGCGUGGCGCACCCAGUUUCCUGGUGGGGGUGAGCUGCCGCGCUGGGCUGAUCUGCUCAGGAAGGGUGUUGAUAUUUGGGCACUUGACUUUGAUGCUAUUCUCACUGCCAUGUAUGCGAUGUCUAUUAGUGGAGAGGGUGCUCAGUACUUGCGUGUUCCGCCCGACCCGGGCAUUCAGGCCAGCCCCGCUGCUGCUCUAGGUGCUAGUGUGUCUGCUUCCACAGGUACUACUGCAGCUGCUACUCUAGGUGCUUGUGCGUCUGUGCCCCCUGGUACUGAGUCGACUGCAGCACUGCACACCUUCACACUGGACUCAGGUGCUUCUCGCUCUUUCUUUCGUGACCGCACUGUCCUUGAGCCUCUAGCUCGGCCGGUUGCUGUCUCUCUUGCUGACCCCUCUGGGGGUCCGGUCCUUGCGACCUCCUCCACCACCCUUCCGUGUCCAGCGGUUCCGUCCGGCACACUCUCAGGUCUCUACCUCCCCUCGUUCUCCACGAACUUGGUGGCAGGUAGUGCGCUCCAGGACUCGGGUGUUCACCAGUUCACCCCUGCCUACGAGCGUGUGACUCACUGCACGUGUGCUCGGACGGGCCGCCACCUGGCUACUUUCACUCGAGAGCCGGGGUCUGACCUGUACACACUGACCACUGAGUCCCCUCAGGUAGCUGCGUCUGCGUCAGCGUCAGGUCAGCUGUCCGCCCCCUGCUCGUGUCGCUCUCUGGCGAACGACACCGUCCUCUGGCACCACCGCCUUGGUCACCCGUCUGUGCAGCGCCUGCGGGCCAUGCACAAACGGGACCUUGUUGCUGGUCUUCCCAGGGUGCUCCCUCCCCUUCCUGACUCCCCUGCUCCUGACUGCAUUCCCUGUGUCGAGGGGCGGCAGCGCGCCGCUCCUCACUCCUCCUCCUUUCCCCCGACGACCGCUCCCCUGCAGACGCUCCACAUGGACGUGUGGGGCCCAGCCCGCGUCCGUGGUCAGGGUCAGGAGAGGUACUUCCUGAUAGUUGUUGACGACUACUCGCGCUACACCACGGUCUUCCCCUUGCGCGCCAAGGGUGACGUCCCUGGUGUUUUGAUCCCCUGGAUCAGCCGAGCCCGUCUCCAGCUAGGCGAGCGCUUUCACUCGGACUUUCCUGUCCUGCGCUUGCACUCUGACAGGGGUGGUGAGUUCGCCUCCGACCUCUUGGCAGCCUACUGUGCUGAGCACGGCAUUGAGCAGUCGUACACGCUUCCGGCCUCUCCACAGCAGAAUGGGGUUGCUGAGCGCCGCAUUGGCUUAGUCAUGGAGGUCGCUCGUACCUCCCUGACCCAUGCGGCUGCUCCCCACUUUCUGUGGCCGUUUGCGGUCCGGUACGCAGCACAUCAGCUCAACCUCUGGCCCCGUGUCUCCUUGCCGGAGACUUCCCCGACUCUACGGUGGACGGGAGAGGUUGGCGAUGCGUCGCGUUUCCGGGUCUGGGGAUCUCGAGCCUUUGUCCGCGACACGUCUGCGGACAAGCUCUCACGUCGCACUGUUCCCUGUGUCUUUCUUGGCUUUGUUCCCGACGCGCCUGGAUGGCAGUUUUACCACGUCACCUCGCGCCGGGUUCUGGCCUCUCAGGACGUCACUUUUGACGAGUCCGUCCCCUUCUACCGCCUCUUCCCCUACCGCACUGCCCCACUCCCCCCCCCGCCUCUCUUCCUCGCUCCAGGUGCUGAGGUACCAGACCCCCUCCCCCCUCAGGGUGCCGCUCCCUCAGGUGUGUCCCAGGUAGACCCGGGUGAGCCUGUCGAGGUAGCUGUUGACUCGCGUCCUGCGUCUGGGGGUGCUGAGCCUGGAGGUGCGGAGCCUGGGGGUGCUGAGCCUGGAGGCGCGGAGCCUGGAGGUGCUGAGCCUGGAGGUGCGGAGCCUGGGGGUGCUGAGCCUGGAGGUGCGGAGCCUGGAGGUGCGGAGUCUGGGGGUGCUGAGUCUGGACGUGCUGAGUCUGGGGGUGCUGAGUCUGGGGGUGCUGAGUCUGGGGGUGCUGAGUCUGGGGGUACUCCACCUGGAGGAGCCCUCUCCUCCCAGCAGCUGCAGGAGAGGUACCUCGAGUACUGCCGCCUCCGGAGAGGUGCUUCUGGAGCUCGUCCCGGUACUUCCCCUCCUACCCAGGAGCUCCCCCCCAUUCAGGUGAUCCACGAGUGGUACACGCGGCGCUGCAGUCUUCGUAGUGGUGCUCCUGGUGCUGCGGACCCGAGCGGUGGUGCUGUUGCUGGUGCUGAGGACCCGGACGCUGGAGCUGCUGCUGGUGCUGAGGACCCGGGGGCUGGAGCUGCUGCUGGUGCUGAGGACCCGGGCGUUGGAGCUGCUGCUGGUGUUGAGGACCCGACCGGUGGCGCUGCUGCUGGUGCUGAGGACCUGACCAGUGGCCCUGCUGCUGGUGCUGAGGACCCGGGCGUUGGAGCUGCUGCUGGUGCUGAGGACCCGACCGGUGGUGCUGCUGCUGGUGCUGAGGACCCGGGCGUUGGAGCUGCUGCUGGUGCUGAGGACUCGGGCGUUGGGGCUGCCACUGGUGUCCCUGCUGUUUCUGGAGACGCUGCGCGGCCGCGACCGUACUUCGUACCGCUCCUUCAGCAGGUUCUUGGUCAGGCUCCUCCUCUUAGUCCUCCUCCCUCCGUAGCGUGUCCUCCGCCUGUCCAGCCGCAGUCACAGUUACCGCCUGUCUCGCCUCUCCCUGCUCCCUCCCCUUACGCUGGUCCCACAGGAGGUCUUACAGAGCGUCGUGAGCCUGAGUCUCGUCCUGCGUCGCCUGUUCGUACUGCUCGCACUGGUCGUCGUGUCCCACGUGAGCGUCCUCCUCCUGUCCCUGGCACUCACUACAUGACUCUGCGUCCCUCCACUGCUCCGCAGCGUGUCCCGCUGCCGUCUCCUCCUGCGUCCUCUCUUCCUACUCUUCCUGACCCGGAGUCUGACUCCCGUCGUGCUGCCAGUCCCACUGUUACGCGUCUCCUCGCUACAGUUGUCACUGACCCGACCUUUGAGUCCUCUGCUGCGUCUGCCCUGGUCGCUGAGUUGGUUGACUUUGCUGCUCGCUGUCGCCUAGACUACGCUGCCAGCCUUGUCGCUAGGUCUGAGUCUGCGUCUGCCUGUCCUCCGUCCGUCGGGGGUGAGUGUGCCCUCGGCACGGACGUCCUUGAGGACAGACAGGAGGAGUUCCACUGCCUUGCUGCUGCUUUGCCUCGUCUCGUGUCCUUGCUAGUUGCCCCUGAGGGAGACCCGGAUGCACCAGACAUCCCGACCCCACGCUCUUACGCUGAGGCGAUGGCGGGUCCCUACUCCUCUCAGUGGCAGACAGCCAUGGACGCAGAGAUGGCCUCCUGGAAGUCCACAGGCACCUACGUAGACGAGGUUCCCCCUCCUGGGGCGAACAUUGUCAGUGGCAUGUGGAUUUUCAGGGUGAAGCGGCCGCCGGGUUCUCCGCCUGUUUUCAAGGCGCGCUACGUGGCUCGAGGCUUCAGUCAGCGAGAGGGAGUAGACUUCUUUCAGACCUUCUCCCCCACCCCGAAGAUGACUACUCUUCGGGUGCUGCUGCACAUAGCCGCUCACCGCGACUACGAGCUUCACUCUCUUGACUUCAGCACUGCUUUCUUGCAGGGCAGUCUGCACGAGGAGAUCUGGCUGCGUCGCCCCCCUGGCUUCACUGGGUCAGUUCCUCCUGGCACCCAGUGGAGGCUUCAGCGGCCGGUCUACGGUCUCCGCCAGGCGCCACGUGAGUGGCACGACACACUGAGGACGACACUUGCGGCUCUUGGGUUCGCUCCCUCUACUGCUGACCCGUCGCUGUUUCUACGCACCGACACGUCGCUGCCGCCGUUCUACAUCCUCGUGUACGUCGACGACUUGGUCUUUGCCACUGCUGACACCGCGGCACUCGCUCACGUGAAGUCGGAGCUGCAGAGGAGACACACGUGCACAGACCUGGGUGAGCUGACGAGCUAUCUUGGCUUGCGGAUCACCCGGGACAGAGCACGGCGCACCAUCACCCUGACUCAGUCACACAUGGUGCAGCAGGUUCUCCAGCGCUUCCGCUUCACGUACUCCUCGCCUCAGUCCACUCCUCUGCCUACCGGUCACUCGCUCUCAGCUCUGCCUUCGGAUGAGUCCGUAGAGCCGAGUGGCCCGUAUCCAGAGCUUGUGGGCUGCCUCAUGUACCUGAUGACCUGCACUCGACCUGACCUUGCAUACCCUCUUAGCAUCCUAGCACGCUAUGUCGCUCCUGGCCGUCACCGGAAGGAGCACAUGGAUGCUGCUAAGAGGGUGUUGCGCUACUUGUGCAGUACGUCGGGCAUGGGGCUUGUGCUUGGAGGGCGAGACCGGGUUGUUCUCACAGGGCACUCAGACGCUUCUUGGGCAGACGACCAGGCUACUCAGCGGUCGUCCCAGGGUUACACCUUCAGCCUUGGCUCUGGCACAGUUUCUUGGCGUUCUACUCGCUCUUCUUCUGUUCUCAGCUCCAGUUGUGAGGCUGAGAUCUACGCCACAGCCAUGGCCGCUCAGGAGCUACGCUGGCUGACCUACCUGCUGACCGACCUCGGAGAGCAGCCUCGUUCUCCUCCAGUGCUGUACGUCGACAACAAGGCUGCCAUUGCCUUGUGUGAGGAGCACAGACUGGAGCACAGAACGAAGCACAUCGCUCUGCGGUACUUCCUGGCUCGAGAGCUGCAGCAGCGUGGUCAGCUUUGUCUGCGUUACGUGGCCACGGAGGCCAACACUGCUGAUGUGUUCACCAAGGCGCUUCAGCCUUGUGACCAUCAGCGCUUUUGCACUCUGCUAGGCCUUGUACCUACUGGGCCUCACUUACUUACCUCUUGA